AUGGACAGAAAUAUAACUUCCUAUUCAAAUUCAACUCUAUCCACGAACAAACGAAAACGGCAUUCAAAUGUGCAUUUGAGUACUCUUCCAGCAUUCAACCCCUCGAAUGAUUGGCGAGUAUAUUGUAUCAGUCAAAGAACUAAUACUUCGUUAUUGCACUACCUCAUUGAUUUGGCAAGAAAAACAACUGAAUAUACUAUUGAUACAGAACACGAUUGCGUUACGCAUGAAGCAGCAUUAAUUCAAGUUGAAUUCAUACGGCGACAAUCCGUUGUUCUGUUGAUUGAAGUUUGUCAUCUACCACCUGCAUCAACAGUGACAUUUUGGUUGAUUAAAUCACUUCUCAAGAUAAUUUUGGGUCCAUCUAAUAUCAUCUAUUCAUGGGGCAAUGCUGAACACGAACUAAGUCUAUUUAUUGAUUAUGAACUCUUUUCCUGGUCGAUUCUUUGUCAAAUGAAGAACAUUGAUAUACAGACUGCCUUUAAAACAUGA